AACUUUCACAUCUGUUCUUGGCCGCACCAGCUCAAUACUUACAGCCUAACGCCAGAAGCCCGUUCAUUCCACAAAUUUUACAACCCUCAGGAACUCUCAAGGACGAAGCUUCUAACGCCUGGAGUCCCCCCAAUUCUAAUGGCUCGGAUCAUGUCUGCCUUAGGGCAUUGGCGUUUGAAUCUAGUGCUGUUGCUGCUUAGUAGUCUUCUCGUUCCAGCAGACAUUAUCAUACCAAAGCCCGCGGGCCAAUACAAAACUUACCUGAACACCAUGGAGCUGGUUGAUACAUCACGGAAGGACCCUUAUGCGACCGAUGGAUCUAACAGAGCCAUUAUGGUCUCUAUAUUCUAUCCUAUUGACCCUCAAGGCUGCCCCAAGACGUCUCUCGUGGACUACAUGCCUCCAAAGACCGCGGCAUUUGAAGACACCGACUUUGGCCUCCCGAACGGAACCUUCGAGUCUAUGAAAUUGCAAACUUGCACCCCAGACCACCGCAACGCAAUCCACGAUCCUCGCUACUACCCGCUCGUUAUAUUUUCGCCUGGUUUGGGAUCACCGCGCUUCCUGGGCAACGCAAUUGCACAAUCUAUCGCGAGCACAGGCUACGCCGUUGUCUCUAUCGAUCACCCCUACGAUACGAAUAUCGUUGAGUUCCCCGACGGCCGAGUCAUCUUCGGAGCUAGCAUCAGGAACGACUCGUCGAAUCCAGAGAAAGCAGUCGCAACACGUGUAGCCGAUGCGAGAUUCGUGUUAGACCAACUCAGCGAUGCUUCGGUGGUGAGGCAACUCCUCCCCGGAGCACGCUGCGCCUUUAAUACGGAGAAAGCUGCCGCAUUCGGCCAUUCCAUCGGCGGUGCUACCGCUGUUGCUGCUCUCCAAUUCGAGAGAAGAUUACUGGGAGCCAUUGAUAUGGAUGGCGCGCUGUAUUCCAUCAACAGCACCACCCAAAGGCCUGUACUGCUCCUUGGACGCGGAGACCACAACAGGUCAACGGAUACUACGUGGCAGGACGCUUGGGGGCGCUUUGAAGGCUGGAGGGAGGAGCUGGAUAUCGCCAAUUCAGGACACUUCACAUACUCUGACGCGCCGUUACUACUGGAGUUAGGUGGACUGAGUCUUCCGCCGGACCUGGAACCGAAUGUCGGAAAGAUUGAGGGGCACCGGGCUUUAGAGAUUGUGACCACAUAUGUGGAGGCUUUCUUGGGGUUUGUGCUAAGAAGGGAGGAGAAGAAGAUACUGGAGGGGCCGAGCGACAAGUAUCCAGAGGUUCGGUUUUACGAGUAGGUGCCCCGGGAAUGCAUGCUGGUCGUUCAUGUCACGCGAAAUAGGCUAUUCACCAUCACUGCCGACUUGCGAUCGAUGUUGACUCGCUCAUAAGUUCGGACCUCUUUCUGUACACGAUGCACACCUAGAAUAUAUAUAUAUAUAACAUUGCGUUG